CGUCAAAAAAUUUCCUUAUCAUUUCCGUGCUUCGUUCUUAUCAACAUCCCUCCACGUUCUAUCUCAUUCACCAGCAGCUUCCACUUCCCGCCAUUUAUUUAUCAAGGUUGGCUUAUCGCCAGCAUCUAAUCGGCCUUCUAUCUCUCCCUCGCGAUACCAUUGAGGUUCCCAUCUCUUAUCCGACAGCGCAGCUGCACCACCACCAUCACCACCACCAACAACUGCAGCAAAUAUGGCGACAAUGGCUAACCAUGAUCGCGAAACCACACAGCCCACGUGCCAGAACUGCGCGACCUCGACAACGCCGCUAUGGCGCCGCGACGAGAUGGGCCAGGUCCUCUGCAAUGCCUGUGGUCUCUUCCUCAAGCUGCAUGGCCGUCCACGUCCAAUCUCCCUAAAGACCGAUGUCAUCAAGAGUCGCAACCGCGUCAAGACCAUGCGUCCUGACUUGGCCAAGCAGAAAAAGCAGCAACAACAACAGCAGCAGCAGAACCUAGCUGCCACUGCCGACAUGAACGGCGGAGUAGGCAUGAUGGAUCCCAACAACCCUGCCGCUGCUGCCCGAAGAGCAUCCCAGAAAUCCAUCAAUGGCCACCCCGUCGACGAUAACUCGCCCGUUUCGCGUACCGGCACCCCCAACGUAUACAAUCCGCACAUUCCCAUUGAUCACAGCCUAGAGUACCAAUUUCAAGCCCAACAGAUUCCCGGAUUCGGCGUCCCGACUGCGUCUCCCGGCCGAGCCCCAUCGCCCAUGAAUGGCGAGCACAUGCCACAAACCCACGAGCAGCUCCUCGCUGCCAAUGCCAGCCUGAAGACCCGAGUCAGCGAGUUGGAGGUCAUCCAAGAGCUCUACCGCGGUCGCCUUCACCAACUCGAGACGGAAGAGAAUAUUCGACAAGCUUCAGAGCCCGGCAAGCUCGAAGCCCAGCUUCGCGCCCAGAUCGAUGCCAUGGGCGAAGCUCACCAGCAGCUGCAGAAGGAACUGGAGGAAAGUCACAGGAGGGAGAAUAUGCUCAAGAGGCGCCUUGAUGAGCUCGAGGUUGAGCUCAAGGACGUCAAGGAUGCUCUCGAGUCUCAGGAUAAUGGACGCCACAAGAAGAUCCGCCUAGACGAAAACGUCAAGACCGAGCCCUAUGCAGAAGUUGUUGAGCCACAGCAGCCGGAACAGCAGCAGCCAGCACCUGCAGAGCAGCCAAUUCCUACCCCUAUGGCCAUCGACGAAGCCGCCCCUGCCCCUGCGCCAGCACCCGAGGCAGCACCUGAGCAAGCUCCGGCACCCGCGCCCGAACCCGUCCAAGAACAAGCCCAGGAGCCAGAGCCUGCGCCCGUUAGCGAGCCCACUGAGGCUCCAGCCCCAGCCCCAGCCCCAGAAGCCGAUUCUGUUGUUCCCGAGCCGACCCCCGCCGCGCCGGAGUCUGCUCCCACCGAGGAGCCUGCCGCACCAGAGACUGAGGCCUCUGAGCCUCCCACCACCGCCCCCGCGGAAGAAGCUCCCAAGGCGGAGUCAUAGUGUUCCUGCCGCCAGUGCUCUGCUUUUCUUUCUGGUGUACCAAUGGAUACUACUGCCUAAGAGUCUCCUGUAACAUACUUGGCUUUUGAUGGAUGGAUGGAUGGAUGGAUGGAUGGAAAGCGUGUCGUGUUAAUGAUUUUUAUACUAU